GGUGAGGCCCACACGGAAGUCAGGUAGGGCUCGCUUGCUGCCCGCUGCCACACUUGGGCCUGCCGGCUCCUGCCAGCCUCGACCCCGCGGCCAGCGAGCAGGGUGAGGACAGCCUGCAGACCAAUGGGGACGGAAGGGGACAGCUUCCCGCUAAUGGAGGUCAACACCGGUGACCCCGAGGCCUCUGAGCCGUGGGAUUACGUCCUCGUGGCUGACCGCCGAGGCCGGAGAGCUACCGGGCAGGCCCACCGGCAGCUGCAGUUCCUGGAGGAGCUCAGGAGAAAGGGCUUCCGUUACAAGAUGAUGGAAGAUGGCGAGAAGGUGUUCUUUGGGAUCCGAGCAGAGAGCAGGAUCUUUGACCUGUACCGCACACUCCUCAUGGAGCCCGAGGGUCCUGGCGCCAGGACGCAGCCCGCCGGGCCAGCCCCCAUCCCAGCCAGCACCAGAAUCCGAAUUGUCAACUUUGUGCUAAACAACACGACGGCUGCUGGUGACACCCUGGACAACUUGGUGAAGAGUGGGGUCUUUGAGACCAGAUUCGUGCUGCACAAGGGGCAGGACGACCUCAGGAAGGAGUGGGCACAGUGGAGGCGCGUGCUCCGCCCGCAGCCAAUCGACGACAUCAGGGACUACUUCGGCGAGAAGGUGGCCCUGUACUUCGCCUGGCUCGGCUGGUACACCUACAUGCUGGUGCCCGCCGCCGCCGUGGGCCUCCUCGUCUUCCUCAGCGGCUUCGCCCUGUUCAACGCCAGCCAGAUCAGCAAGGAGAUCUGCGAGGCCCACGACAUCCUCCUGUGCCCUCGCGGCGACCACAGCCGCAGGUACCAGCAGCUCUCGGACACCUGCACCUUCGCCAAGCUCACGCACCUCUUCGACAACGAGGGCACCGUGGUCUUCGCCAUCUUCAUGGCUCUGUGGGCCACCGUGUUCCUGGAGAUCUGGAAGCGGCAGCGGGCCCGUGUGGUCCUGCACUGGGACCUGUAUGGCUGGGACGAGGACCAGGAGGAGAUGGCGCUUCAGCUCAUCAACCGCCAGGACUACCAGCUGCGACUGCACCAGCACUCCUACCUGAGGAGCAGCGUCAUCCUCAUCCUGUCUGUGCUCAUGAUCUGCCUCAUUAUUGGCAUGGCCCACCUGCUGGUGGUCUACCGGGUCAUGGCCGCCGCCCUCUUCAACUCCGCCCUGCUGUUCCAGGAAGAGCAGGUGACCACGGCCGUGGUGGUGACCGGCGCCCUGUUCCACUAUGUGGUCAUCCUCAUCAUGACCAAGGUCAACAAGUGUGUGGCGCUGAAGCUUUGUGACUUUGAGAAGCCCAGGACCUUCUCGGAGCGCGAGAGCAAGUUCACCACGAAGUUCUUCACUCUGCAGUUCUUUGCCCACUUCUCGUCCCUCAUCUACAUUGCCUUCAUCCUGGGCAGGAUCAACGGUCACCCCGGGAAGUCUGUGCGCCUGGCGGGGCUGUGGAAGCUGGAGGAGUGCCAUCUCAGCGGCUGCAUGAUGGACCUGUUCCUGCAGAUGGCCAUCAUCAUGGGUCUGAAGCAAACGCUCAGCAACUGCGCCGAGUACCUGGGCCCGUGGCUGGCUCACAAAUGUCGCUUGAUGCGCUUCAAGCUGGGCCGUGCAUCCAGGGACCCGGAGCUCAGGGUCAUGCAGCACAACUACCUCCUGAACCCAGUCAACACCUUCAGCCUCUUCGACGAGUUCAUGGAGAUGAGUACGCGAGUGAUCCAGUACGGCUUCACGACCAUCUUCGUGGCCGCCUUCCCUCUCGCCCCACUGCUCGCGCUCAUCAGCAACCUCGUGGAGAUCCGCCUGGACGCCAUCAAGAUGGUCAGGCUGCAGCGGCGCCUGGUGCCCCGCAAGGCCAAGGACAUCGGGACCUGGCUGCAGGUGCUGGAGACCAUUGGGGUGCUGGCAGUCAUCGCCAACGGGAUGGUCAUCGCCUUCACUUCUGAGUUCAUCCCCCGAAUGGUGUACAAGUACCAUUAUGGCCCCUGCCGACUGGGUGCCCAGCCUGCAGUGGACUGCCUCACGGGCUACGUCAACCACAGCCUGUCCGUGUUCUACACCAAGGACUUCCAGGUCCCCGUCCAGGCAGAAGGCUCAGAGAACGUCACCGAGUGCAGGUACCGCGACUACCGUGACGCCCGGGACUACAGCUUGUCGGAGCAGUUCUGGGUCCUGCUGGCCAUCCGCCUGCUGUUUCUCAUCCUCUUCGAGCACGUGGCCUUGUGCAUCAAGCUCAUCGCUGCCUGGUUCGUGCCUGAUGUCCCUCAGUCCGUAAAGAACAAGGUUCUGGAGGAGAAGUACCGGGCGCUCCGGGACAAGAUGUGCUCCAGCUCCAAGAGCACGGACGUGUAGGAGACGCUGAGCUGCCCAAGAGGCUGAGAACCACCUGCCACCUGCCACCCCACUUGCGGCGGACGUGUGGGUCCCCGGAGUUUUGUGUGUGGGGGCCGCGGGGUCUCGUGAGCGGCACCCUGUGAUCUGUGAGGGCUCAGCCCCGACUUGAACUCUGGCCCCCCACCCACAGAGCUGGGCGGGGGGGGGGGGGCGGGUGCCUCUCAGCACACACCACCAGAGGAGUGGCCCGUUUGCUGAGCCUCCCUCUGCGGGGUGGGACCCAGGGGUCCCCACCCCACCCCCAGCCUGUGGAACUUUCUUAAAAUAAAACUUGUGUGUGUGUCGAU